UUCUCACACAAACGUUAAUGAUUGAGUAUUUUUAGUGUCAAAUUCAAAAGAAAGCUUGAGAGAAUAUCUGAAAUCAAUCAGAUUUCCAUCAAUUGGCUACAUCAUGACCCCUUAAUAAAGCUCAGCAUUGUUCUGAAUGGCUUUAUGCAGCAUCCUCAUGUUGGUAGUAUGCUGAUUAAAAGAUUACAUUCCCAUUUCCAUGAUGAUGAAACUGGGAGUUACUCCAAUCCAUUGAGCAGCCUAAUGAUUGGCAAACAGUUCAAUCAUAGUUCAAAGUUUUAUUGAUUUAACAUCACUUCAAAUCCGUUGGAGGUUUAAUUUUGAUCCAUUAAAAGAUGAUUUGAUCUGCAUGUUAGUGUUUAGAGACACGCAUGGACAAUUAUAUUAAACAUUUUGAUGGCUCACUGAUAAAUAUUUAAGGAGUUAACCAUGACAUAAAAAGGCAUAUUAAUAUGUUAAGACUCCCGGUCGGAGUGACCUUGACCUCCGGAGGUCGAUGAGAUCGUCUCUAAAGGACGAUGAAAGAUGUUUGAUAAGAUAACUCAAAAUAUCACCUCCCAAAGUUAUAUAAACUACAAACAAAAGACAGAAUCUCUUCUUUUGAAAAUGAAUCUUACUAAAAUGACCACAGAGUCUAUUGUCACAUGUCUAUUGUUUCCAUUUGAAACAAUAGACAUGAGGAACUGAAGCAGACACUCAUCAGUCCGUUGCUGCAUUACAGAAAGCCCACGUGAACUCUGAUUCAGGGUGUUUUUUGUACUUUAUGAUGAUGAGCAGUGAGACCUGCUUCCUGCUUCCAGUCUGGAUCGGUCCAGCAGGAGGCGCCUGACGGCCCCUCAGUCGACCCACCUGUCCAACCUGCCCUGCAGUAAGACACACCUCUGCCCCGCCGCUCCCUGACAGAAGCCCCGCCUGCUGCAGCAGAACAGCGACCUGGAUACACUCGGCAUGUCUUGUUCAAACAAGCCAGCUUUCCAGCUCCGAUAGCGACGGGUAGAAAGCUGGCGACCGGCAUUCACGUGUCAAAACAUUUCCCUGAAGCCCGAUCGGAGGAGGAGGCUGUGUUGUGGUGGUGAGUCCGUGUCGUCUUACAUCCCCACCUCAUCAGCCUGGAGACGGCAGCAAACUGAGGGGCGGCACCACUGAAUGGACAGAACAUGGGGUCAGAGGAGGUCUACAACUUUGUCUUCAAGGUGGUUCUAAUUGGAGAAUCUGGGGUAGGAAAGAGCAAUCUGCUGUCCCGCUUCACCAAAAAUGAGUUCAACCACGACAGCCGCACCACCAUCGGGGUGGAGUUCAGCACACGGACAACGCAGCUCAGCGGCUUCACCAUCAAGGCCCAGAUCUGGGACACGGCCGGACUGGAGCGAUACCGGGCCAUCACCUCUGCGUAUUACAGAGGGGCCGUCGGAGCCUUGCUGGUCUACGACAUCACGAAGCACCUCACCUACGAGAGUGUGGAGCGCUGGCUGAAGGAGCUGUACGACCACGCUGACCCCCACAUUGUGGUCAUGCUGGUGGGCAACAAGACUGACCUGGAAUCAGAACGGUCGGUGCCCACCGAGGAGGCAAAGGACUUCGCAGAAAAGAAUGGUCUUCUGUUCCUUGAGACGUCUGCUUUGGAGUCCACUAACGUGGAGGCAGCGUUCAACAAUGUCCUAGCAGAGAUCCACAGGAAGGCCAACAGUAAGGAAGUGGUUCGGAGCGCCGUCAGCGCCGUGUCCUUGAACAGCUCCAGCACAGAAAACACCGAGCGGGGGAAACCCUGCUGCAGGAACAUCUGACCACAAGGUCCUGCAGGAGCCCCGGGGCCUCAGGGUGGGGCGGCCGGUGACCGCCACCCACAACCCUGUGCUGAGCAUGAGGAGAGGCGCACGGCAACCGUGGGGGCCAAUGUUAACGGUUUGGGCUUAAGUGAUGUCACUUGAUGUGGGCACGUUCAAAAGAUGAUUAAUAUAUGUGAAUUAAUGUAGCUGAAGUCCAACAUCAUUCUUUUAAGAGUCCCUGCUGACUAUUGAACAUAGGUCAAAGGUCGCACUGUGAGACCUGUAAGAUGACGUAUUUAUAAUCCAUGCACAGAAUUGGAGCACCGUAGAUGCGUCACGGCCUGUGUAAAUGUAAAUGAACGUGACUUAUAGUAAAUGAACGUGACUUAUAGUGUGUUGGUUGAGUCUGGCUGUCACUGCUGUGUCCGUGCUACAGCUGAUGAUCAGAAUGAUGCAAUUCUGUUGACAAAUAAAUGAUUUAUGGAGACCUA